CGUGUUUUAUAAUCUCUGAUUCCGGAUGCGUAUUACGGUUUUCGUUAUCAGUGUCUGCUAUACGCUAUAACAGCUUAUAACAUGACUCAGGUUGCUCAGGUUCAAUAUUUAGUUCGAUUUACAUUGAUGACAUCGAUUUAGUUCGUGUAGAUGUGUAGGUCUCAAACGUCUCAAACGGUCUGAAAGGUUACGUAUCGUUACGUAUUCUGCAACGAAGACGGAGGCAGCAGGGGCAGCAGGUUGAACCAAAAUGUUGGUACCUGUCUACCGGACUAGACGGCGACACGCAGUCGACCGUAAUGUUUAUGUAAGGAUUGUGUGUGGGUGACGAGCGGUGACGAGUGCGAGACUAGUGUCAUAGCCGUCAUAGCCUAGGUUUGCUCAGUUUUGUCAGUGGGUUGGAGGGACGGAGGAAGAUCAGGAAACCCCAAACAUACGUGAUUUGAAAUAUUACAUUAUUUUAUAUUUGAACCAAGUUUCCCUUUGUCUUUUCUGCAAAUGAAAGGUUCUUUUGCCUCAGCAUUCAGAGACUUGUAAUGCUGGCGUGAGCUGUUGAUUUAGCCAUGUACAUUUAGAAUCUGCAAUAUUUGGAGACAGUCGAGCAUAAAAUAUAUUCUACUCGAUUAUUUAUUGUGCUUUUCGAUUCUUCUUUGUUUUAACUAUGAGCAAACCGUGCUAUUGGAAGAACAAUUUUUAAAGCUGUUCAAAAGCUACCAACCCAAUUCAGUUCUGUCAGUAAUGAGCAUGUUCGAGCUCAGCAAUCACCACUGGAUUAUGAUAAUUGAAAAGCAUUUUGUGAAUGGCCGCUGCAGCAGGAUGGCAGCGUCUCCAACCUUUCUUAGCUGAGAUUUGCUGAUGAAUGAACUGGUUGUAACCAUAGUGCUUACAUAAGUGUAGAACAUGAUGGUUAUAUUUAAGGUAUGUAAUUAAUGGUCUCCCCAUACAUACAGUUAUUCCACUGUUACGGGUGUCUUAGACCAUGGCUCUAGUAAGAAGCCUCUCAUCCUCACCUCUGUAACUUAAAUAUUCGUAAAUGUUUGUCUUGUAAUGUUGGUUUUAUACUGCAUUUGGUGCCAGUUUCAACCCAGUUUCUUCUUUUACUUCAGAUGACAAGUUCACAGAGGUAAUCUAUUCUGCAUGAAUCAUGGAACAGUUGACUUUCCUUGGUCCUAGAAAAAUGCUGGGAUAGUACCUUGAAGAAAAGUCACAACCCAUUUCCCUCCCACAUACCUCCCCGUUCAUAUUUCAUGCUAUAUAACCAAUACAACAUUAAAUAAUCCAGUGGUAUUAUGUCUGGUGAACGUGGAGGCCAAGGCAUUGGACCGUCUUUGCCGAUCCAUCUUCCUGGAAAUAUCCUAUCUAGGAACGCGGAUUUUUCCUGUGGGGUUAUGUCAAGAGCAGUGUGUUCCAAACACCAGUUAAUGGACUUGAUGAUCUGAAGACCCAUAUCAGGAAUGCGAUCUCAGCUAUUCCAGCGGACAUGCUCCACAGAACAUGGCAAGUGCUCAAAUAUCUGGAUGUUCUCCGUGCUACCAAGGGAGCCCACACCGAGGUCUGCUGAGACUUUCACCAAGGCCAGAAACUGUAAGAAUGUUGAAAAUAGCAACAAGAGGAAGCAACAGAAGCUAUAUAAAUAUGAUAGCCAGGAAGGAAAUUCUAUUUUGGAUACAUCCUUGUUUUAUUUCAGAUCAGAUAAACAUGCUUCAGAAAGUCAUAUUGGGAGCCUUGUUCAUAGCUCUUGGUCAGGGCCAGUUCCAAGGUCCUCCAAGACCUGCUGGUCGUAUUCUGGAGCCUCCAGUACCUGUCCUUUGUGCUCAGAGAACAAUCCAUGAGAGAGUUAAUGGAAAAGGAUAUUUUUAUUCGUGGAAGGACCCACGUACUGCCACAGUGGAAGAGGAUUGGCUGGGUGGUCGCAAUUACUGCCGGCAGCGUUGUAUGGACCUUGUCAGCCUGGAGACUAGUACUGAGAAUGAAUUCAUCAAGAGGCGUAUUGUUGAAGGCAAUGUAAAAUAUAUCUGGACAAGUGGUCGUCUUUGUGACUUCAAGGGUUGCAGCAGACCUGAUCUGCAGCCUCUGAAUAUUAAUGGCUGGUUCUGGACUGCAGAACUUAAGAAAUUACCUCCCACUAAUAAUCGUGCACAGAAUGACUGGAGUGAAACAGGAGGAAUUAAGAAACCUCAGCCGGACAACCGAGAGUUUAUCCAGCAAAAUGGUGCUCCUGAGAACUGUCUAGCUAUACUGAACAAUUUCUAUAAUGAUGGUGUUCAUUGGCAUGACGUUGCUUGUCAUCAUCGGAAACCAUUUGUGUGUGAAGACAGUGAAUCACUGCUGAAGUAUGUUCGUUUUACAAAUCCAAAUCUGCGUGUAUAAACAAGCACCAGAGGCUUUCAACAAGGUAUGAAUCAUCAGGGAUGUGUUGUUAACCUUUUAUUUAUUCCUUUUAGAAAAUUCUGGAUGGCAUAUUGAAACAUUUUCUUGGUAGAGUAGACUCAGUUAUGUGCAUUUGUUUAUCCACUUUGUGGAUUAACAUCAAGGAUGUGAUUAAGUUUUCAUUUGUUCGUAACAGUGUGUCAUAGCAUCCUGUUGCACGUGUAUUCCUGUUAGUUAUUAUCCUUCUCACAUGCAACUUGGUUUUUAAAACCUUUAAAAGUUUUAAACCUUAAAAUUUCUUUUGCAUCACUGAUCACACCACAUGUUUUGACUAACACCGGUCAUCUUCAAGUGACUCUAAAAUUGCUGGUGAAACUGCUGUGCUUCAGUCCAUAAGUUCAAUAUUUGGGGUAUGUCCUUGUCUGUGAUCCCAUGUGUCCUAUGUUGUUGGGUAGUUCCUUGUAUUGUUUCAUGUGUAGCCGUUAUGAAUGUUCAUUCAUAACAGCUGACUCUAAA